AUAAAUUCUUUUUAUAUAUAUAACAAUUUAUUGGUUAGUAGCAGACUUUUAAAUCUGGUAUGAGAGGUUUAGACACUUACGCUUAACCUUUGAAAUACCUGUGAGAUUUCUCAAGUAAUGAUUCAAUUCCCCAUUUACCAUAAUGUAAGAGCCAAAGUCCUCUGAGGAAGGGUCUCAUACUCUCAUGGGUGAAAUUGAAAUCGACGCUCCGGCGAAGGGGUUACGUUGCAGGUGGACAUGGAAGGAGAACAAGUUGUUUGAGCUAGCCUUGGCGGUGGUUGAUGAGAACCACCCGGAACGGUGGGAAGCGGUUGCGGCGAUGAUUGGAGGAGAGAAGAGUGCUGGGGAGGUUCAAGAGCACUAUGUGAUCCUUUUGGAGGAUUUGGAACUUAUAGAAUCUGGUAAAUUUGACCAUAAACUUGAAGAAGAAUCUCAUCAGCCUUAUGUACUAGUUGACCAUGUUAAGUCUCUGUGUUUGUCUCAUAAUGAUACAGCAGCCAUGUAAGAACUACUCUGUUUUUUUUUCUUUUUUUGUGUGGAAUAAGAUAAUUUAGUUUUCUUUCUUCAAAUUAUAUUCAGUUGUGUUCUCUA